AUGAAGGUGAGAGAUGCUGGCGCUGUUUGAACAGAACGCACUCUGAAUCCGAAUGCUACUUUAAACGUAAGCGCUGCUUCCAGUGUUCCAAGUAUGGGCAUACGUCGGCCGCUCACCGGGCAGGGACGGUGAAACAUGUUGGGUCGGAGGUGGUCCGUCAGGAGGAGGGCGAUGGAUCUGGGGAAGAGCAGAGUGUGAUGGAGGCAGACACUGAAGAAAUUGACUUUAUCGGGGAGGUUUUUCAGUGUCUGGAGCGGAUUCAUGUGGUGAAAAGCCGGCCUCCAAUCAUGCUGGACAUGUCGCUGGAUGGGCGCGAUGUCAGGAUGGAGCUUGACACGGGUGCAUCUGUAUCCGUCUGUUCGUUCAGCAGGUUUCAAGAGCUCUGGCCGGAGAAGAAACGCCGUCUGCAGCCGUGCAGCCUCAUCCUACACACCUUCUCAGGCGAGCCUUUGAAGGUCCGAGGUGAGGUACAGAUGGACGUGGUGUACCGCGGAGAGUCGUUUAGCCUGCCCCUGGUAGUAGUUGAUGGGACAGGGCCGCUGCUCUUCGGCAGGAACUGGUUGGAGAGCAUCAGACUGGACUGGAGAACCAUCUGCAUGGUGACGACGCAGACGCUGGGAAGCGGAGUUGAGUCUGUGCUGCAUAAGUACUCUGAUGUGUUUGCGGAUGAGUUGGGAUGUGCGAAGGGGAUUGUGGUAGAUAUCCCGAUUGACCCAGACACACGCCCCAUAUUCUACAAGCCCAGGCCGGUACCGCUGGCGUACCGUGCUGCUGUCGACGCCGAGCUGGACCGUCAGAUCCAGGCCGGGCUGCUGGAACCGGUGAAACACUGCACGUGGGCUGCACCGAUCGUCACUGCACUGAAGGCGUCAGCAGGAUCCGAACAGGAACAUCUGCAGCGGCUGGAGGAGGUUCUGAGACGUCUGUCGGAGGCAGGACUGCGACUGCAGCGGAAGAAGUGUCAGUUCGCGGCAUCAGAAGUGGUGUAUCUGGGACACCACAUCACGGCAGAUGGUAUCAAACCAACAGCAGACAAGGAUCGCCCCAGCUGCCCGUUCCAGCUGAGACGGUGCACCUGAUGCAGUUCUUCGACUCGUCACCGGUCACCGCUGAGUCCAUCCGUCUGUUCACCGCCAGGGAUCCUGUGCUGAGUGCCGUUC